CUAACAAGCUUUUAAAUCGAGAAUGAAUCAUCUUUAGUAAUAUUUUUAGUUACAGCUGCCAGUCAACAUCGUUUGUAGUUAAUUUUACUACCGGGAGGAAAUAAUUAUAAUUGCAUAAGUUUACUGACACUACAGUUUCGAGUAAUAUUUUUAGUUACAGCUGCCAGUCAACAUCGUUUGUAGAUAAUUUUACUACCGGGAGGAAAUAAUUAUAAUUGCAUAAGUUUACUGACACUACAUUUUCGUAUUUGAAUAAAUUCCUGCCAAGAUCAAGAUUGUUUUGUUUAAUUGUUUAAGUCAGCUAGAAAGGGAUAGAACAAAAUCAGAUUAGCGAGAAGUUCGUUGUUUUACGAAAGAAGAUACGGAAAGUCAACGCCUCAUUUAUUCAAGAUGCAAGCUUCGUCCUAUAUAUUUAUAUUUACUUUCAUGAUUCAAGUAGAGUCCUUUCACCUUUCGAAGAAAAACUACCAAACAGACGAAACGGAAAUAAAUCGUCUGAUGAAUAACCUAACAGCUGCCAAUCACUCAAGUGCUAUGAUAUUUGAGACACGUGGUGAUUUAAAGACAGAACCAUGUACACUUCAAGUGACUGGCGAGUCGACAAAUCAGUUUACUCACGAAAUCUUAAAAUACCGUUACAACUUUGUUCAUUUUAGACUGAAUUUUGUUAAUUUCAGUGUAAAUGAAACACAAGCUGUCAUUGCCAAGAAUGACUGGAUCUGGACAUAUAAAGGAGAGAAUGGGGCACAUCAGUACCUAUACCUACCAGGAGAAUUUGGUUAUUUGUCAUUUGGGUUACUGUGGGCUCAUACCCUCAGAAAAAAGUUGCCUGUUGAUAUUAAGAAAACAGGCGACUGUAGUAACCUGACAAUUGGAUUGUAUGAAACAGAUUUAUUAAUUGGGAAUGCAUUGGGAAAUAUGACGUCUGAAAUAGCUUCACGGUACGAUAUUUUCAAUUCUAGCUUUUGGUGUUAUUAUGGAAGGUCCUUCAUACAGCCUUUGUUUCUCUAUGACGCGUGCAAGAAUUCUAUAUGUACAUUUCAAACAAUUGAAUAUAGAUGUUGCAAAUUUCUGAUUGAUUACACGAAGAAGACGCGAAGAGUUGAGUGUGACAAGGAAGAGUAUCAUUAUGGCGAACUCUGGUGGAUGCUUCCGAUCAUAACUGGGAAUAUUUGUUUUGCAUUCUAUCCACUUUUGUUGACAACAAUUGGAAUGAAAAUUAAGGCAGUAUCGAAAAGACUUAAGAAGGAAAGAAAUAUUUCCUUAUCUAUGGAUACAUUUGCUGAAACAACCGAAUCCAGCAACGAAGACAGGAAUAGGAAAAAUAAACAUCUCUACAUUUCCUUAAAAGGUUCUAGGCCUAUCACUGUCUUAUCUACGUUGUGUUCACCUUUUUAUGGUUGGGAUCUGAGCAGGCCAAUAGUGUCACGUGUUUUGCGAAUAUGGAUAAUCAUCCUACCCAUAACACUUUCCAUGAUACGUGUUUUAAUUGAUUUUAAAUAUGCCAAGGAUAUUUUGAUAGAAGCAGUACGCAAAGGCGCUCUUAUAGGAUUUAGCUCACUUUUAGCGGGACCGAACGAGGCAAGAAAACAAUUUUUGUAUAUUUUCGGGGGUCCUGUUGUUGCACUUGCAAUUUAUUUUUCAUUCGGCUUUCUUUUGAUUGUUUUUCCUUCACAUUUAGAAGAUUUUGUUAGUAUCGGUAUACCGGCACGGAUUAAGAAGUUUGUGUUUGUGGUUAGAAUGCCACUAAAACUGAAGGAAAAGUUAUCUGGAAUAAAUGUUAGGCAUCAAACAGGAUAUAAAGAACUGCACAAACUCCUUCUAGCUCAAAUAUUUAUGUUACUGCAUUUUCAGUUCUGGAGUCAGUCACUCAAGUUGUUUUACCUAAGAUGGAAAAAUGUAAUAUUCUCAACAAUGACUCUUAAAAUGCAUAGUGUGUUUGCUUCAGUUGUUUCAAGUUUUGUUUGCUUGCCACUUUAUAUCCUAUUUUGUCUUCUUGAAUUGUUAUUUAGCGUUUUAUACUAUGCGUUCCCAGUUAUUAACUGCUUUUUCAUUGUGUUGAAAUCAUUUCUGAUUCACUAUACGUCUUUUUUCCAAGGCAGGGGAUGCGUUAUGAGGUGUCUCCAAUAUGUCCUAUUUUUACCAAUGUUGGUUUUAUUUUGCAUCUCUUGGUAUAUGUUUUGUAUUAUUUUCUUUGAUGGGUUUUGGUUUUUGUCCAAAAUUGCAAUGUUCACUUACAGUGGCAUCAUCGCGUAUCCUAAACUUUCGUACGGAUAUUUGGUCCUUGUAUGCAUGGCUUUGUAUUACCUAACGGAAAGUUUUAAUGCUUUCGGCGACAGCUACAGAGAACUUCUGAAACUUAGUAUAGAAGCUUGUGAAAGGUUCCAGCUGAAACACAUUGAUGACUCUGACAUGGAUGAAAAAGAGAUCAAAGAUAUUCGAAACAAAUAUGGCAUAAAAAGCGACCUCUUCUACAUGAUCGUAGAUAGACAUUUACCAAGGAGAAACCAAGUUUUGAUCACUAUUUUGAAAUUUACAUCAGUGAUAACCUUAUUGACAAUAUCAGUUGAGUUACUCGUAACCUUCGACAAAUUCCAAGAGUUAUCUCUUAUAUCUCAUGUCUUUACAGUAUUGUUCAUAUGUGCCUUACCUAAGAUAAUAAAAGUUAUGUGCUUGCAAAGCUACAGGCAUAGGACACGCAGAAAAAUGCAACAAAAGUUAUUCCGAACUGUUGCUGAGUACGUUAGAAACAGGACCAGAAAUGACAGAACAUCUGACGACAUUGAAAGAGUUGUCAUACGUUCGAGAAAUUCAGGAUAUAACACUUUUAGGGACACGUGUUCUGAAGAAAUGAAUGAUGAGAGUUAAAGACUAGAACUAAAAAUAUGGAAAAAAAAUUACAAAGUCUAUGUUGAUUAAUCGUAUAGAUAGCUCGUUUUGUAUAUUGACCUGUUUUAUCAAACGAUCAAACGUUUUCAUUUGAAAUGAGUUUGUAAACGGACACUGCGGUAGAAUGUACUUCGUUCGAAUUGUUUAAAAUCAAUGUUAAAUGUAGUACAUAUCUUAAUGUUGGCAAUUAAUUUGCUUAUUUCAAAAGUAUAACUUGACAAACACAUUCUUCAUUGCGACAUAAAUAGUAGUCACCAAAGCUGAAACUAUUAUAAAUCUGUUGUAUGUAUAAAUUCAUUUGGUAGUUAUGUAUCACGUAAUAUAAAUGAUAAAAGAAAACUCGUGGUCUUUUUGCGUCUUAGUUAAAAUGAGUGCAGAGGAAAGUACGUACUCAAUAACCUCUUUAGAAAUAUGACUAUAUCUCAGCUCGUCUAACCACAACAUUUUUACGUUAUAAAAUGAAAUUGCUGGAUAUCAAAAUGGGAAAGGUUUAAAUCUGAUUUAACGUCAAGCCAUAAAAGAGUCAGUUUAACUCAUGCUAGAUCCAAAUGCUCCAUGGUUACACUUUGAAUUCUACUUUUUGUUGAACUUAGUAAUCUCCGAGGCCGAGUCGUUAAGGGUCGCUGAUUGCGAGUCAAUUGCCACUCGCCACAAAUAAUUUGAAACGUUGAAAUUCUUUUUCAUAUGGGGAAGCCACCAAGCUGGCUUACAGAAAGUCGGAGUUUCUGCCAAAGCAGGUACCCACCUACCUACCCUUCCCUGAAAUAAUACACGGUGGGCCACAUUGGUCUUGCUCCACCGUCAAAAGCUUGAAAGGCACCAUAUGACCUAUAAUUGUGCCGAUGUGAGGUUAAACCAAAGAAAAUCUACUGUAGAAUCACUCUCUUGUAAAUAUAUUCCAACCAAACAAACCAAAGAUAACAGUUAUCCCUUCUUGCUAACUUAAGAUACAGACGACUCAUUCACACGUAAAUAUAAAAGAGUAAAAUACUCUUAUUAUACAUAGCUAUACAAUGGCCAUUUUAAAGAUAAAGACGAUGGAAUGUGGUACACAGACUUCAAAAGUUAUUCCAUUCACCCUUGAUUUCCAUGCACUUCCGCACUGAGGUAAACGUUAAAGAGUAGUCUCUCCUAGGUAUGUUCUUAAGUAAAUGAAAAAUACCACAUCCAUGCAUCUUUUUCAGAUUUAGAUCUGGUGAAUAUGCGGGAUGAUUGUUUUGUACCACUUUUUUAUCUCUCAGAAACUUUUGAACGAUGGCACCUUUGUGAGUCACAGCGUUGUAAUGGAUCAACUUGAGCCCUCGAAGACCAGUCCUUGGAUGUUUUCGUUGAACAGCUUUUUCUACUUUGUCUCUACAGUAUAAAUAUUUCUAGUGGCUAAUUUUCCUGAUAGUAUAGCAAGUUGUAGAUCAGUACACCCUGAGUAAAAGAAGAUGGAUUACAAAACCUUUUUAGUUCUGUUUGUAAUUACUGGUCUUCGGUCACCACUGUCUGGUGUCAACACGACACUGUGGCUCAUAAAAGUAUAUCUAGGUCUCAUCUCCUGUUCGGCGCUGUGACAUUGUGCGAUCAUAUCAUUUAAGUUUGAGAACUUUUUCUAGCACAUUUGACCCUAUUGACAGACGUCUUACAGCAGCAAUGUUAUUUGACGUCACUGCUGUUUUGGGCCUACCAGGACGAGCUUAAAUUUUCGUUUCUACCUAUAAACAGUUUUCUUUGAUACUGCAGAAUUCCCAUAUGAAGUAUGCAGUUGUUCACUGAAUAUUCUCCUUGAAGGUAUUUCUAAAGAACAAUUUAAUUUAAUGUACGCUCUAAAUUAAGACUUUUGUUCGCGUUUCAUAGCUACAUGUAUUUUGCUUAGUGUAUAUGACUACACCUGAUACAAACCUAGAUAUCUCCAAAACGGUACUACAGUUUUUACUACAACUUUGCAGGAUUUUAAAAGAAUAAUUCAUGUAUUUUCGUCUGUCAAACUUCUACGGAAAAGCGCGAUUGUCAUUAUUUAAGAACGACACUGGUAAAUGUCAUUAAAAUCUAAAAGUUUUUUAAACUGUUUUCAGCGCACCUGCUCGAGAUAAGAAAAGGUCAAUACAUGAAUAUUUAUGCCACCGCAACCUAAAAUUGAAAGCAGGUUUAAGAAUUCCAAUCUCGUUGGACCUACAAUUAACGGUUAGCUUUACAUUUUGAGAAAAUCUAUUCAAACAACACCAAAUCAUAAAAAGAAAGGAUUGUAGCACAUGAAAACAAACAGUAUAUAAAACAUGUAUAUUACUCGACAAAACAGUUGUCAGUUGAUUGAAAUAUACAAUGAAUUCCAGAAAAGGACUGCAGAAAGUGACAAUUUCAGACAAUAUCUUCAUUUUGAUGCUUUUGUAAUUAUGUCCCAGUACUGAAACUUCACAUAAGUUGUCGGAACUUAGUUUUCAGCAAUUGUUUAUUUUUAUAUCUUUACAAAUGACAUUACAUCUGUUUGAGAAUUUAGAGAUCCAUCGUGCGGUAGAACAUGUAAAGGUUGUUAAUAAAGCUGUUGUUUGUAUUAUCAACUA